UAUCAUUUAGUAAAUUUACUAAUUAUUUGUAUGAUCAAUCUAAGUACAACUACAAGCAAUGAUUUAUAACCGAAAACGCUGAAGGCGCAGGAGGUGUGUUGUAGACAAAAUACCUUACAAAAUAUUAUUGAAAGAAGAAUCUUCAAAGACUCAGCUAAAAAUGGAUUUCUUGGAAUAUCCUGAUGUUAUUGCAGAGGUUAAGGGUGCAAUGACACCUGGAAGAUUGAAAUUAACUGACCAACAUAUUAUAUUUAAAAACCAAAAAACUGGCAAAGUAGAGCAAAUAUCUGCUGGCGACAUGGAAAUGGUGAAUUACCAAAAAUUCAUAGGAACUUGGGGUUUACGCAUAUUCUUAAAAAAUGGAACACUACAUAGGUUUAGAGGAUUUAAAGAUGGGGACCAAGAAAAAAUAGCUAAAUUUUUCACACAAAACUAUAAAAAGGAUAUGCUAGAAAAGGAACUUAGUUUAAAAGGUUGGAAUUGGGGUACUGCUAAAUUCAAUGGUUCUGUUUUAAGUUUUGACGUUGGAAAUCAUACAGCUUUCGAAAUUCCAUUAUAUGAUGUUUCACAAUGUAAUACAGGAAAAAAUGAAGUAACAUUGGAAUUUCAUCAAAACGAUGAUGCUCCAGUUAGUUUAAUGGAAAUGAGGUUUCAUAUCCCUAUUAGUGACAGUGUAGACCAAGAUCCCGUUGAAGCAUUUCAUCAGCAAGUUAUGGAAAAAGCUUCUGUUAUUAGCGUUAGUGGUGAUGCUAUUGCUAUCUUUAGAGAAAUCCAGUGUCUUACACCACGUGGUCGUUAUGAUAUCAAAAUAUUUCAAUCUUUUUUUCAACUUCAUGGUAAAACAUUUGACUAUAAGAUUCCGAUGUCAACAGUUCUUAGACUAUUCUUACUACCUCAUAAGGAUAACAGACAAAUGUAUUUUGUGGUCAGUUUAGAUCCACCUAUUAAGCAAGGUCAAACUAGGUAUCACUAUCUAGUUUUAUUAUUUAAUCAAGAAGAAGAAACUUCUAUUGAAUUACCAUUUUCUGAAAAAGAAUUAAAAGAUAAAUAUGAAGAAAAAUUAACAAAAGAAUUAUCUGGACCUACAUAUGAGGUUCUUGGUAAAGUUAUGAAAGUUAUUAUCAAUAGAAAAUUAACUGGACCUGGUCAUUUUCUUGGUCAUUCUGGAACCCCAGCAAUAGGAUGUUCAUUUAAAGCAGCUGCAGGGUAUUUAUAUCCUUUGGAAAGAGGUUUUAUUUAUGUUCAUAAACCGCCUAUACAUAUACGAUUUGAAGAAAUAGCAUCAGUCAACUUCGCACGUGGUGGUGGAUCCACACGUUCGUUUGACUUUGAAAUUGAAUUAAAUACAGGUGUAGUUCAUACAUUUAGCAGUAUAGAAAAAGAAGAAUAUGGUAAACUUUUCGAUUUUAUCACUUCAAAGAAAUUGAGAGUAAAGAACAGAGGCAAGAGCGACAAGUUGAAUUAUGAUAAUGACUUUGGAGAUAGUGAUCAAGAAGAUGAACCUGAUGCAUAUUUGGCUAGAGUUAAAGCUGAAGCACAAGAGAGAGAUGGUGAUGAAAAUCAAGAUUCUGAAGAAGAAUCUACAGAUGAAGAUUUUAAUCCUGUUCAGGAUGAAAGUGACGUAGCAGAAGAAUAUGAUAGUGAUCCUAAUAGUUCUGAAAGUGAAGAAGAUUCAGAUGCAUCAAGUGGUAGUCAAAAGAAGGAGAAAAAAGAGAAAAAAGAAAAGAAAUCUAAAUCAGCCAAAACAGUAUCUGAAAAGCCAAGGAAACCACGGAGAUCAAAGAAAGAAAAGGAUAGCAACAAACCCAAGCGGCCAGUAACAGCUUUUAUGUUAUGGUUAAAUAGUGCUCGUGAUCAAAUUAAAUCAGAAAAUCCUGGUAUUGCAGUUACAGAAAUAGCUAAGAAGGGUGGCGAAAUGUGGAGAGAAUUAAAAGAUAAAUCUGAAUGGGAACAAAAAGCAGCCAAAGCUAAAAAAGAAUAUUCUGCAGCAAUGAAGGAAUAUGAGGCAAAUGGUGGAAAAACUAAAGAAAAGAAAGAGAAAGAGAAAGAGAAGAAGAAAAAAGAAUCCAAAAGUGAAGUAUCACCUAGUAAGCUUAUGUCUGGAACUUCUUUCAAGAGUAAGGAGUAUAUUAGUGAAGAUGAAUCCAGUAGUGAAGAAAGUUCAACAGAGAAGAAAGCCGUAAAGAGGAAACAUUCAGAGAGUGAAAGUGGCAGUGAGAGUGAACAAGAAUAAAAGAAAGUUGAGAAGGGAUUGAUAAUAAAAAAUUUUAGUAAAAACCAAAACACAUAAAAACAUUUGAAACAUUUAAUAUAAUUUCUUAUUA